GACGUGCGGCACUGCGGACGUCAGCACUGUAUACAUAUAUACAGAAGAGAUUAGUAACCCUGUGAUAUGAGCAUCUGACAGCCUCGCCGAGGAACAGCGAGCGGUCGGAAAGUGUAGCGAGAUUAUUCGCGCGAGAAUAACCUCAGAAAUGGGGCACCAACAUCGUGGAGUCCUUCUACUGGUUGUCUGGGCGGUAAUCACGCUCGUGAACGGUUACCCGUUCACCAUUGCCGAACAGCAGGAGUCCUCUCAGGACGGCGACUAUGUCACCACAUCGUACACGCACUACGAGGAGCUCCAGCGAUUACUGCAUUCCCUGGAACAACAGUAUCCACACCUCGCGCGAGUAUUCUCGAUUGGCAAGUCGGUCGAGGGCAGGGAUCUCCUGGUGCUGGAAAUUUCGGAGAAUGUCAAUCGGCGCGGCCUCGGCGAGCCUAUGGUCAAGUACGUCGCCAACAUGCACGGUGACGAAGCUGUGGGCAGGCAACUCCUCAUCAUCCUCGGCCAGCAUCUCCUGAACCAGUACGGCAAGGAUGAUCGCAUCACUCGAUUGGUGAACCAGACCGACAUCUACCUGAUGCCAUCCAUGAAUCCAGAUGGUUUUGAGAAAUCAUUGGAAGGCAAGUGCGAGUCGAAAGAGGAUUUUUCAGGCAGGGAGAACGCCAAUCAUGUCGACCUAAAUCGGGAUUUCCCUGAUCAGUUCGAUAGAAGAAUCAACCAACUUAGGAAGGGCAGUUCUAUAUUAAAUGGUCGUCAGAAUGAAACGGUGGCUAUGAUGACUUGGAUUUCCAGUGAACCGUUCGUACUUUCUGGAAAUCUUCAUGGCGGUGCUGUGGUGGCCAGUUACCCAUAUGAUUCUGGAAUCCCGAAAACAUGUUGCAUAGAGAGUAGAAGUCCGGAUAAUGAUUUAUUUAAAUACCUCGCCCACGUUUACGCAGAUAAUCAUCCAGAAAUGCGUAGAGGCGAUGGCUGUCCACCAGAAAUAUUCCCAGGUGGUGUUACAAAUGGAGCAUAUUGGUAUGAAGUAAUUGGUGGAAUGCAGGACUACAAUUACGUUCGUUCUAAUGCAUUUGAAAUAACGUUUGAGCUCAGUUGUUGCAAGUAUCCACCUGGAUCAACAAUACCCGAUCAAUGGCAUUUGAAUAAGGAAGCUUUAAUUAAGUACCUGGAACAAGCACAUAUCGGAAUAAAAGGUUUCGUACGCAGUAAGGACGGUAAUCCAAUUCAGAACGCAAAUGUUGUCGUGGACAGAAUAAAUCAUAAUGUAACAACUACCGCUGAUGGCGAAUACUGGCGCUUGCUGCUUCCUGGAACUUAUUCAGUUUACGCUACUGCAUGGGGAUAUGAGCCUAGUGAACCAGUAAACGUAUCCGUGUUAGAAGGAGUACCGACAAUCGUCAAUUUUACAUUAAAUGGCGGAGAGAUAUCUUAUGAACAAGGAAGUGGUUCAUUUGACAACAUAAUAAGAGAAAUUGACAAAUAUGGUUUUUACGAUACGGUGGAAUUCAAGCAUCACAACUACGUCGCGAUGGAGAAAUACUUGAAAGAGUUAAAUGCGAAUUAUCCCAAUAUUACGAGGCUCUAUAGCAUAGGAUCCUCUGUACAAGGUCGCGAAUUAUAUGUUAUGGAAAUCACGAAGAAUCCCGGUAGACACAGCACCGAAAAACCGGAAGUAAAAUACAUCGGGAAUAUGCACGGGAAUGAGGUAGUGGGUAGAGAAAUGCUGCUGUUAUUAUUACGAUAUCUUUGCGAGAACUAUGGCACUGACGAAAGAGUUACGCGGAUAGUAGAGACCAUAAGACUUCACGUAUUACCAAGCAUGAAUCCCGACGGAUAUGAGAUCUCCAAAGAAGGCGACGUCUAUGGGCUAAAAGGGAGAGAAAAUGCGGAUGGCAUAGAUCUCAACAGAAACUUUCCCGACCACUACGAAGUCAAUGAUCUUAAUCGACACCAGCAACCCGAGACGAAGGCGGUAAUGGAUUGGAUAACGAGGAUUCCAUUUGUACUCUCCGCUAAUCUUCACGGAGGAGCAUUAGUCGCAAAUUACCCUUACGAUAACGGACCGGUGGAGUUUCCGUCUAACGUCGCGAACCCAAGUCCGGACAACGAUGUUUUUACAAUGCUAGCAUCGACGUAUUCCAAUGCUCAUCCACGCAUGCACCUUGGAGAGCCGUGUCCGCCGAUAGUGAACGAUCCCUACGGCAUAAAGACUUUCCUCAAGGAGCGUUUCCCUAAUGGGAUAACGAACGGCGCUGCCUGGUAUUCUGUCCCCGGCGGCAUGCAAGAUUACAAUUACUUGCACAGCAAUGAUUUCGAAAUCACUUUGGAACUUGGAUGCGUUAAGUAUCCAAACGCCAGUGACUUGCCAAACUACUGGCUGGAAAACAGGGAGCCCCUUCUUCGUUUCAUCGAGAUGUCUCGUAAGGGCAUACGUGGCAGAGUGAGUUCGUCCAUUGGCACCCCUAUACCUCACGCCAAAAUCUCGGUUGAAGGCAUAAAGCAUGAUAUUUAUACCGCUGAAGGAGGUGAUUAUUGGCGACUAUUGGUGCCAGGUCGAUAUAACAUAACUGUCAGUGCAGUAGGAUACGAAACACUUACGCAACGUGUCUCUGUACCUGAUGGUAAAAAGAUAGGGGAUGGAGAAGUGACUUUGGACUUCAGUUUAAUGCGUGACGAUCCUCUACAUUGGUCAUCCGCAUUUGACUUUGAAUUGAGGGCAAAUCUCCAGAAUGGUUAUUUAAAAAAUUCUGAUCUUAGUGCUAGGUUCAGCCAGUUGGAAAAUCAUCAACCUGAUACCGCAGAAUUUAUAGCUGGUGACUCGUUGAUUAGCAUGGCUAUUCAUUCAUUGAAGAUCACGCAUAACAUGGGUUCACCUGAUGAGAAUAAGUUCCGCAUUGCAUUAGUGGGAGGAUUGUUUGCUUCGCAACCGGCGGGUAGAGAAAUUUUGUUACGUUUGGCAACGCAUAUUCUCAUGGGAAAUCAGAUUGGAGAUCCGGCUAUUCAGCAAAUACUGCACAACGCUGUGUUGCAUUUUAUUCCUGGUGUCGAUCCAGGGUUCGACAACGUAGAGCAGACUAAAGAUUGCAAUCCGGUAGUCAAAGAUGAAGUGGGAGAAAAAUUAUUAUUGGAGAAUAAUGAUACGUCUAAGCAAAUGGAUAUAAUUACGAACGCGUUUAGAAGAAUGUUGCAAACUGAAAGUUACGACGUCGUAAUAACGUUAGGAGGUGGAACGUCACAAAUCAGUUACACAAAUGACGAUUUGAAUAUAUUUAAAACACUUGCCGAGCAAUAUGAACGCUCGAAAUCUCAUAAGAAAAUAUGCAGUCAUUCAAAUAACAGUACACAAUACUUGACAAAUUUCAUACAGCGUGUAUACGAUACAUCAGUAAUUGCUAUAAGUUUAUCCUGUUGCAAAUAUCCUCCCGCAGACUCGAUUCCUGUUAUCUGGCGUGAAAAUUUACAAGGACUCGUGACACUACUGCAAAGUCUCACGACUGGAGUCCGCGCGAUGGUGUCAGACGCGCAGGGUAAUCCGCUUCGAGAGGCUACCGUUAAAGUGGGAGAGAAGAGCUACCGCGUGUCGAACAACAUGGCUUACUUCAAAAUAAUAUUAGUGCCUGGCGAGUACGCGUUAACGGUUUCCUGCGAAGGCUACGUCACCCAAGUAUUGAAGAGAGUUUCCGUUGAACGGAAAAACGUAACGGAUCUCUAUGUUAAGAUGGUACAGAGCAACGUGACGCAGCUCAACAAUCAGCACGAGAAACUGUCUACAAAGUUGAACCACGCAAAUCAGGUUUUGAGCGCUUUAAGUAUCAAGCAUGCGCGACGAACGACUUUACAUACUAUCGGCAGAACUGCGAAGGGCAGCGAGAUAAUGUGUCUAGAGAUCGGUUCUGACAAUGAUCAGAAGCGGGUAGGACGACCUUCUCUCAUAUUCUCAGCUGGCAUAUCGCGAGCGGAAUCGCUGACGACCGAAGUACUUUUGCACUUUGCUAAAUACCUCUUGGACAAUUACGAACGAAACAGUACGGUCGCCUAUUACGUAGACAAUUUCUCUAUAUAUGUAGCUCCAGACUUCUCGCCUGACACCGAAGAGAAACUCGCUUGCUCACCGCAAUUGGAAGGCUUACAGUUUCCGAUUCGUGAUAAGCUCGGUAACGAAGAGAGCAUGAUCGUCAAUUGGUUUGAAGGGAUCAAUGCCGUGUUGGCCGUAAAUCUGCACAGUGGAUCGCGACACAUCGAGAUUCCGUUCGGUCGCGACUACGGAAGCGCGCGCCAGCGGAAGUACGAGAGCGUCGAUGAGGAUUUGUUGCAACACCUGGCGUCGGUAUACGCUGAUGCGAGAGCGGACAAGCUAUCAGCAAACGCAAAGUGUGACAGGAACCUAGAUAUUGGCGACAACAGCGUGAUACACGCGGGAGUGGGGAUCGGUGGGAAGAGAGGGCAUCCUUUGACGGAUUACGUGUACUUCAACACCAGCACUCUAAUGAUGGAUGUGUACGUUAGCUGCUGCAGUACCAACUCGAUCCUCGUAUGGGAGGAGAAUAAAGGCAGUUUGUUAGCCUGCCUGCAAGAAGUAAACAAAAGCGUGAAAGGAUACGUCACCAACGAGAACGACGAACCGAUCGAAAACGUUAUUUUGUCUUACGACUCAUCACCGCACUUGAUUAAAAAUGGCAAGUCGGGCUUCUACGCGAUCCUGUUGCAACCUGGAACGCACAAUAUAACGAUUACGGCGGCAGGGUAUCAUAAAGAGACCAAACUCAUUUCCAUGUCCUCGUCUGACAUGAGGAAAUUUUCAAGAUUGAUGUUCAAGCUUGUCCGUGACGACAGCAUCGCGGGAAUGCCUAGAGUAGUGUUUAGUUUCAUAACUGCGGGUAUAGUGUGCUUCGUCGUUGUAAUAAUUUGUUUAUGUGCCUCUACGAAGUGCCAAUCCUCGGAGGAUUCAGGAAAUAAUAGAAAGAGUUACGCAUUCAGCUUACUGAAAGACGGCAACAGCUUCUUUGACGAUGACGAGAAGGAAAUUGAGAUAUUUCGAAGGCCAGUAGACGGAUAUCCUCCAAACGAAGUGGCGAGGCCGUAUUUUGACGACGACAAUAGUUCCGAAGACGGCAGUGAUCUGGAAUUUAUUCGUCCCGAACAAGAAUGGAGCGAUCAAAUACCAAGACAAACGUGAUAGUAAACGCUUUCAUACGAUAUACUGAUUGUUAUAACGCGCGUAUAAUUGAUAAAUUAUUAAAUUUGGAGUGAGACUUGGGUGUCAAGUGCAACGAACAAGAAUUCAUAAUAGAACAAAAAUAAUUAUUAAUUAUUAAAAAUACAAAUCAGGUUCUAAGCAUAAAAUAUAUAUUUAUAUUACGCUUAUGUUGCAUUUGAACAAAAACGUGUUUCGAUGCGUAAUUUUGUAGACAUAUCGGAUAAAAAAACAACUGAAAAGACAAUUUUAUAUAGUAAUAUUUAAAAUUAUAUAUUAAAUUGUUGUAAUAAUUUCUCUUGUAUAAUGCGACAGAAAUUAUGCAACAAGCUAAUGACAGGACUACAGGACAAUUAUACAGGAACCUAAUAAGUGUAUGUAAAUAUCAGAAAGUUUUAUAACGAAAUAAUUUUUAUUUUUCACGAUCAGAAAAGAGCAAGCAGAUUGUUGGAUUAUUAAUAUAUUUAUAGUAAUAGCAAUAUGUUUCUACAUUAGAAGAUUAUACAUAAACAUUAUGGUUUAAAAACAAAGAGACAAUCAGAGACAUGUAGUUAUCCAAUAUCUUGUUUUCGUUUUAAUAUUAAGUAUAUAGAGAAUAUCUGUGUGUGAUGGAUUUUUCUCGUAUUUAUAUUAUUACAGAUUGCACAGCAGUUUUAAUUUAAUUUUGCAAUCUAUUACACUACUAAAUGC